UCAGAGAAUCUCUGACAUCUUCAUCAUUGAUCCUGAACUCCUUGAAUAUCUCACACACAGGUAACAGAAACUUCAAGAUUAACAGAUAUAUAAGCACACAAAGAUCACUGAUGAGGAGAAAAUGGAUCUAUGUGGCUAUCCUGGGGAUAGCAUGUGUGACCCUUGGAGUCAAUGGGAACAAUACAACAAGCAGUAGCAACUCCACAGGCAGCUGGAUAUCUUCUAACAUGACUACCAACCUGACCCAGACGCAACCACCCAGCAUGACCACCAACCUGACCCAGACGCACCCACCCAGCAUGACCACCAACCUAAACCAGGUCGGUUCCUUUAACAUAACCACAAACUUGACUCAGACAGGUCCUCCCAACUUUACCCAGACGGGCCCUCUUAACAUGACAGCAAACCCAACCCAGACAGGCCCUCUCAACAUGACCACAAACCCAAAUCAGAUGGGGCCUCUCAACAUAACUACAAACCCAACCCAGAUUGGCUCUUUUAACAUGACCACAAACUUCACCCAAACACACCCUCCUAACAUAACCAACAUGCUGCCCCAAACACAACCUCCCAAUAUAACCACCAACCUGACCCAAACACACCCUUCUAACAUAACCACCAACCUGACCCAAACACACCCUCCUAACAUAACCAACAUGCUGCCCCAAACACACCCUCCCAAUAUAACCACUAACCUCACACAAACAUACUCUCCCAACAUAACCACCAACCUGACACAAACACACCCUCCUAACAUAACCAACAUUCUGCCCCAAACACAACCUCAAAACAUUACCACCAACCUUACGCAAACAAGUCCUCCCACCGUAACAAACCUGACCCAGACGCGCCCUCCCAACAUCACCACAAACCCGACCCAAGCAGGCCCCCUCACUGUAACAAACAUCAUAACAACGUCAGGCUCUAAUACUCAAUCACUAGAAAUCACUAGCAGGGAUAACUGCAGGAGGGAUAGAGCAUGUUUCUCCGCUCCACCUUCCUGUAAUCCAGGUGCAGAAGGUUCCUGCUAUUUCCUCUCCACAAGAGGAGUAAACGGAAAUGCAAAUAAUUUUACUUUUGAAAUCAGUGGCGAGUCAGAUGGUUACAUUGGAGCCGGCCUCUCUCGAAACAGCAGUGGUCAAGAUGCCACCGUCUAUUCUUGUGCCAAUGUCAAUGGUGUACUGAAGUUAAUCCGUUCCACACUGAACAAUCAAAUACUGACUCAGGAUAAUACAUUCAUCCCGGGAAGCUUCCGUGGCUCAGUGACCGGAAGAAAGAUUCAGUGCAUUUUCAGUGCUUCAGGUCUCAGCAGCCUCACUCGUGCUGCAACAACAGAAACUUUUGUCUUCCUUUUAACAGGCAGCGUAUCAAAUGGUGUACUAGAUUCUCCAGUCAGCAGACUGGCCACAAGUGGGUCAGUGGACUUAAGCAACCCGAACAGCACUGACGUUUCAGUAAUAAUACCCAGUACAAAUGACACUGCAUCUAAUAUCACAGCAACAACAACCACCACUGUGGCAUCUACGAACCUGACCCAGACAGUCUAUCCCAACAUGACCACCAAUCUGACCCAGACGCACCCACCCAGCAUGACCACCAUCCUAAACCAGGAAAUCGCUAACAGGGAUAACUGCAGGAGGGACAGAGCAUGUUUCUCCGCUCCACCUUCCUGUAAUCCAGGUGCAGAGGGUUCCUGCUAUUUCCUCUCCACAAGAGGAGUAAGCGGAAAUGCAGAUAAUUUUACCUUUGAACUCAGUGGCGAAUCUGAUGGUUACAUCGGAGCCGGUCUCUCUCGAGACAGCAGUGGUCAAGGAGCCACCGUCUAUUCUUGCGCCAACGUCAAUGGUGCACUGAGGUUCUUCCGUUCCACGCUGAACAAUCAAAUACUGAGUCAGGAUAAUACAUUCAUCCCUGGAGGCUUCCGUGGUUCGUUGAAUGGAAGAAAGAUUCAAUGCAUUUUCACUGCUGCAGGUCUCAGCAGCAUCACUCGUGCAGCAACCACAGACCCUUAUGUCUUCUUAUUAACAGGCAGCCUAUCAAAUGGUUCUCUGGAUUCUCCAGUCACUAGACUGUCCACAAAUGGGUCAGUAGACUUAAGCAACCCUAACAGCACAGACGUUUCAGUAAUAAUUCCCAGUACAAAUUCCACCACUGCUGCUCCAAACACCACUGCAUCAAAUGUCAAUGCAACAUUAAACACCACUGCAUCCUCAAACACCACUGCAUCUUCAAAUGCCACCACAUCUACUACCUCUGGAGUAUCAACAGCAGUGGACAAGGUCACUAAGGACAACUGUAAGAAGGACAGGGCAUGUUUCUCCACUCCAGCCAACUGUGAACCAUCUAGCUCAAGUAGCUGCUUUUUCGUCUCCACAAGAGGGGUGAACGGAAACUCAGACAAUCUCACUUUUGAGCUCAGUGGGGAUGCAAACGGUUACAUUGCAGUUGGCCUGUCUCAAGACAACAAGGAGGGUGAUGGUGACACCGUCUAUUCUUGUGUCAACGAAAAUGGUACAGCGAAGUUCAUCCGUGCCACGCUAAACAACACCGUUCUGACUCCAGAUAAGACUUUUAGCCCUGGUUCCUUCCGUGGCACUGUGAGCGGCACAAGGAUUCAGUGCAUUUUCAUAGCUGCAGGUCUCAGCAGCACCACCCGUGCUGCAAACACAACCACUUUCCUCUUCUUCUUCACUGGCAACUAUACAAACGGCACUCUGGGGUCUCCGGUCACACAAAUGUUUACAAGUUCAUCAGUUGAUCUAACCAACACUAACAGCUCAGACGUUGCCAUAAUAACACCCACUACGAAUACUACCACUACUACUGUUUCUUCUACUACUACAGCAAAACCUGCUACUACAGCAGGGAGCAAUGCACUGCAUCAUGCUGCAUCUCAGGCUGCUCUGGUAAUUCUCUCAGGAAUCCUUGCAGUCCUCCUGUUGUAAGGAUGCUGCCAACAUGUCAUUUGCUUUCUGAAAUUGGUCGAUGAGCACUGAACGCUUGAUGAACCCAACACCAAGAAUAUGUUAUUCAGCAUAUUUAUAACUGUUAUAACUGUGCAAUAUUGCAACACUGGGAACAAUGAAGAAAGAAGCUGAAAAUAUAGGGAAGAGGGCAAUACAUCAUUUAUUUAAUCUUUGUGCGUGUGAGAAAGAGAGUGUGUGUUUGUGAGUGUGUUUUUUGCGAACAUUAGUGUUUGUAUUCUACUAAUGUACUGUUACUUAAAAUGAGGCACAGAGAGGACUGAUAUAAAUGAGUAUAAUCAGUCUAUUAAUUUAAUUGUGUAAGUGUGACGCCACCAAGUGGCUGAAAUUAUCUAAGAUAAUUAUUUUUAAAUGUCUUAAUUUAUUGUUACUGUUGCCUCAAACCAUUGAUUGCCUGUAAGUUUUAACUAAAGUCACAUGUAUAUUUUUUGAAA